AUGCCCAAUCUACUAAGUCUACCUACCGAACUGAUCACGCUCAUCGGUUCGUUUCUCAGGGCAGGAGUCCUAGGCCUUCUCCGUCUCGUCAAUAAGGAACUUCACACAAAGACGUGGCGCAGCUUUUGUCUUCGUUUCCAAACCGUGAAGGUAUCUCUAAUUCGCAUCAGCGUACAAGCACUGAGUGAUGCCGCGUCAUCCCCCGACAUCGCCAACGAGAUCAAGCACAUGAUCAUCGGCACCGAGACACUUGAUCAAUACGAACAUGCACCGACGUCAUAUCCCCGUGCGCUGCGUGCCAUGAUAGCCACCGAGGGCAAGGCCGUCGACUUGCGCAUUUGGCUGCAAAACAUCAUCGUCCAAAAGCUGCCGAACCUGCGUACAAUCACAUUAGAAGAUCGUCCCGAAGACCCAGACAGCAAAGACUACCGUCCAAGUAUGGGAAGCGUGGAGCUCCUGCGAAGAGCUGGCGUCGAUUUGAGCUUGAACGGACCAUACGGUCUAUCCAUCUGGGACAUUCCCCGUCGAGGAGACGAUCGAUCUUUCCCCUUGGUAUCGCGAUUGUUGGUCUUUGCGACUGUGUUCAGCAUGCUGCGGUAUCUAGACACUGAAAGUAUGGUAAUGGAUUUCCGGAUCGUGAUAAGAGGGCAUCGGAUUCGGGGGCAGGAGGAAAGCGAUAUCAGAGAAGCUUUUGACAUAACGGAUAGGUGCACUAAAGAGGUACUUGACGCUCAUCUUACGCAGAUUACGGUGGGUGAGGAUGAGAGUCGGUAUCUUGUCACGGAUCGGUUUUUGGAGUUUUUACAGGGUCUUCGCGAUUAUGCGCAAGGUAAGGGCAUUUUGUUGAUUGAGCGGUCGGCUGACGGGCAGAUGCCUGAGCUCACAGGUGAUGAAGGGCGUAGUUGUUAUCUCAACGACCUGCGUUGUAUGAUUCUUCAGGGUGAAAGGAUAUUGCGCGAGCUACGGCUAUUCGCAACAAUCGGUUGUCUCAAGUUCCGAACCAUCGGCGCCUAUAUGCCGCUCAACGUCCUCUUGAUGACCAAGCGACACCUGUGUAUGCGUCUCUGCUGGUUCACCACUGAUAUCAUCGCUCGCGGGUCGCGCUGGUUCAUGACACGCUGUGGUCACCAGCCUGGUGAGCUCUUCCAAUUUGGUCUUGACUUCCGCAUGUUGCUGUUCGAGCCGUUCCAGUGCUUUCUUACUCCUUCUGGCUGA